AUAUAGCUAGUGUAGCAUCACUGUCUGGUCACUCCUGUCUCUUCCUCCAACUAGACCAACCACAGCCUUAGUCCGCCGCGAGUCUAACUUCGAAAGCAGUUGCUCUAUAGAUUGACCGUCCGGCUCAUGCACCAUGUCCUUUGCGUUCAUCGUCAUGACGAUGCUUCUGGGCUCUUCAGUGGUUUUUGCAUUUGUCUUGCAGCCAUCCAAGGAAGAACCUGCAGCCUCUGCUGACUCUCCUGUUUCCCAUCACAGGUGCCAGGGUGGAUCAUUGCAGUCCAUCAGGAAGGGUCUCCUCGGGGCUCUCAACUUGCAGAUUGAGCCACGACUACCUCAUGGUGGGCUGGACCGUGUCAGAGAGCAAUGGAGGACCACCUAUGGCACCAUCGCUCACACGGCCAGGGACACUGCAGUUCCAGCGGCCUCUGGCAACUCUGUGGCAUCUGAUGUUGGAAACAGUACGAGCCUGAAGUGCUGUUCUAUGGCCUCUGAGAUCUUCAUGAAAGAUCUGGGAUGGGAAAGCUGGGUUAUCGUUCCUGCCAGUGUUACCAUCGUUCAGUGUGCACUCUGCAACGCCGAAGGGAACACUGUGCAGUGUCCAUCAUCCCUUACCAAUGUCCAGGCUGCAGACUCACAGGUGCCAUGUUGUCAGCCCACCUCCCAGGAAACGGUGCAUGUCCUCUACGUGGAUGAAUCCGGCACCGUCCACAUUUCCUCCAUGCAGCUGACCCGCAGCUGCGGUUGCGGGCAUGAUAACCUCCAGCAGCCCACUGGAGCGUAAAGAUUGUUUUAUAGUCCUGAGAUUGUGAGCCACCGGGCGCACAAACAAACACAUAAAAUACAGAAAAGGUAGAUAAUACAUUAAAUGCAGGCCUAUCUUCUCUCACUAUACUUAUCUUAGAUCGUUACAGUCUGUAUUCAACACUGAUAUCUUAAUCACACUCUAUUGAUCUCAGAUUACAAUCCACAUUUGCCCGCUAUUUUGUUUAACUAACAUUGAACCAACAAUUGAACUUUUUUUGCAAAUGCAUUUCCGUAGAUAAAUCCAAGUAUUUCUCUUGCACCAAGAGCUGGAAGUGAAGUGCAGCUGAAAUGCUAGUUUAUAUUUAAAUAAAUGUUAUGAGUGUCGGGUGCUAUUUACAGCUACUAACUGUUACUGAGUGUUCCCUCCAAAAACAACACUGUGCAGAGCCAAAUCCUUGCACAGACAAGUUCACUCCUCUCAACUGUGAAACGACUAUUUCCUAAUUGGGAAAGAAGUCAAUUUAAUCCCAAAAGGCUAACGGAGGUUAAGUAAAAAAUAGGUGAUUCUUUCUUUAAUGUGUAAUUAGGUAUAUAGUAUGUUCGCCAUGUUGAGGGUCAAACAUUUUUUGCAGGGAGAGUAAUAGGAGAAGAUUGUGUUCACCAGCUAAACUCACUGCACCUGAAUAUGAACAACAUCUGUGCUGUGCUUUUCCACAACGGCCGUGCUCCAUUUUCAUGUUUCAGCGUAGAAAAGAUAAAGACGACAAUGCUGCCCUGCAGACCCCCCUACAAACUGUAACAAUUACAAGGUGUAAAAAACAAAUCAAGAAAAAUCAUAGUACUUUCUUUUGACAUACUUUGUUAUAUCACAUUUUAGUGCUUUGCUGUGAGGUGGCCAGAAAAGUAAUUUAAUUAAAGAUCGAAACCUGGCAGACAAUAUAGUAAUGUCUAAAUUGUGAUUUUAAACCAAAAAUGGUCAGUUGAUUGUGAAUAAAUCCAAAAUAUUUUGUUAUAUUUACAUAAUGUGUGCUUUUAUAUGCAUUUUUGUUUACAGCAGAGUUCUCCUUUUUUCCCCCUCAUAUGUCUCUUUGAGUAUUUCUCAUGAUUAGUUACAGUUUGUCAUUUUGUUAUAUGACUUUACAAAGUUACCUCACCAUUCACUUUUUCAAGUAUUUUUCACAAGUGGACUACUACUUAUCAGAGUGAUAUAUCACCUCAACUCAAUCAAUACAUUCAGAUCAAAUGCAAAAUGUUUAAUGGUGCUUAUGACACUGCUAUGACAUCCUAAUCAUUUGUAACGAUUAACUGAUUUCUCGCUCACAAUUAUUUGAAUAAAGAUGAUUUAAACCAACA